GAAAAUAAUUAGGGCCUAUUGUCAGUUUUUCAAGUGAAAAGACCGUGCAAUCUAGCCACAACAGGCAUUUUACCGGCCAGCGGGAAGACAAGAUACUUGGUCCACCUAACUGGGUUGAAACGUUUCAGACGACUACAGCAAAUUAGUCAAUUUAGUAUUUUCUACUCCUGUGCAGCCAAAAUUUGAAGGUUGAAAGAGAAGUUGAACCAGGCCACGUCUCUUGAUACCGUGUAGCUUAAAUGCCGCCACCAACAGUUCACGUGCCCAGCAACUGCCAACCCACUCCACACAAAGACGUUGCACAAUGCGUACUGCAUAAAAUGCGGUCGUAUACUCGUCAGCUGUGCACGAAGAUGGACACCGUCUAAGAGAAGUGUUGGCUGCCGUUUUAGGAUUUGCAGCUUGGUCCACUUUUUUUCAGCCUUCAGGAUUGAAUUCUCCUGGCUGUUUGUAAUUUGGAAGUGUAGUGAAAGCAGCUACCCUGUAAUGUCGAGAAUGGGGCUGUUUGGGACCGUGCUUGGGCGGAAAAUCGGGACUUUGUGGCCCGCUGUGAUCGUCACGUUGCUGUCAGUUGCAGCAACAACAAACCUUGUGCACGCAUUUGAGUUUGUGAAUCAACCUCUGAGCAUGGACUUAGUGGAAGGACGGAGUGCAAUCCUCCAGUGCAGCGUUGAUGAUGACACAAAUGUUGAAUACAGAUGGACGCUUGAAGGUUCAGAUAUAGCAGACGAUGACCGUCGGUCAGUAACCAAUGGAGACUUGACCAUUACAGGAGUGGACAGAGUGUUGGACUCUGGUGAAUUUCGCUGUGUUGCAACCAACACAGUGACUGGGGAAAGUAAAACAAGUGAUCCGGCAGAGCUGAAUAUCAUAUGGAUACAGCCAUCAGCCAAAGUCACCUUAAAAUCACCCUCCUCACUGGACCAGAUUGAGGAGGGCAGCCGUGUCACCCUCAACUGCAAAGUGGAAGGCAACCCGGCCCCGGACAUCGUCUGGUUCCGGGACAAGGCGCGGCUGGCGCCAGACGAGAACGUGGAGUUGACACGCAGCCGGCUGCGGUUGCGCAGCGCAAGGGUGGAAGACAGCGGUGUCUACUCCUGCCGGGGACAGAACAGGGCCGGGGAGGCUUGGAGCUCGGGGGGAAAUCUCACCCUCACCAUUUUAGAUGCCGAUUUUCCCAUCAACGAAGAGGCACCGGAGGAUGUGUUGGGGGUUGUUGGGCAGUCGGCCGAGUUCCACUGUGCCUUCCAGGGCAACCCGGACCCAGUAAUCGACUGGUACUUUCGCUGGUCGGAGGAGGGCACCAACGUGGUGCACAUGGCAAAUGGGACCAGCACCAAGAUCUUCCGGAAUGGAACUUUGGUCAUCAACAAUAUAACGUUGAUGGAUGAAGGGACUUACAUCUGCAUCGGUAGGAAUGACGUCGGGGAGGCUGAUGUUGAGGCCCAGCUGGUCGUUGCAAAGGUGGAAGAUCUGCCUGUCCUGGGAUCACGGAUUGUGCCUGAUGGCGAGCCCCUGUCGGUCAACUGCACCUACCCGUACGGCACCACAGGGGGUGUGCCAGCACCCCAGCUUGGCUGGCUGGACCAGCUGGGCCGCCCCCUCAGCAGCAACCCUCAGGAUCGAGUGCACACUGAGGGCGGGACGCUGCUGGUGUUCCGGCGGCUGCAGGCCAGGGACAACGGCAACUAUACCUGCAAAGCCUCCAACAUUGCUGGGGAGAAGACGCGGCAGCUGGGCGUCGUCGUUGCAACUGUCCCAGAAUUCACGACGAGGCCCAUGGACACAGCAGCCAAGGAGAUGUCCGAUGCCUGGUUGCACUGCCAGGCGGACGGCAAUCCCAAGCCGCGGAUCACAUGGCAGGGGGAUGGCAACAGCCAGCUGCAGGACCGUAGAUUCCUCACCUUGGACAAUGGAACUCUGCACAUCAGAAACCUGAUGAUGAGUGACGAAGGAGGUUAUGUCUGUCAAGUUUCCACAAUUGCUGGCACUGAUGCUGCUAAAGUCACACUAAGAGUUAUACCGGUCUUGAAGUUCUCCCCAGCCCCCAACAGCAAGCCCCUGGAGCUGGGCGAAGACUCCAAGAUCAUCUGCCGGGCCUCAGCCAGCACCCCGCCCAUCAUCCGCUGGUUCAAGCUGCCGAGCCCCUCGACCCCUUGGGACGCCCACAUCAACGAGACGGACGGCAAGCUCAGCUUCCACCCGGCUAAGAAGUCGGACAGCGGCCGGUACAUGUGCGUGGCCACGGCCGGCGAUGAGGUCAUCAACACCACUGUCACCAUUGACGUCUUUGUACGUCCAAGAUUCACCAUCGUCCCCAGCAACGCGACUGGCUAUGAGGGCUACUCGUUGACCAUAGACUGCCAGGCCACAGGCGACCCAUUUCCGAGGAUCAGCUGGAUGGGCAUCUCUCCAGCUAAGGUGGAGUCCCCUCACAUGGUCAAGCUGGACAACGGCUCACUCUUCAUCAAACAGGUCAAGGCAUCCGAUGCCGGCAAUUACCAGUGCUUAGCUGGCAGUGACGCAGGGCUGAGCAGUGCUGAGAUUACACUGAUAGUCAGGAAGGGAACUCCCCCAGGCUCCACCCCGUUCACCCCGCAGCUGAUGCACCGCACCAUUGCCAUCGCUGUGGGCUGCGCCGUGGCCUACAUCAUCCUGGUGGUGGGCCUGAUGUGGUGGUGCCGGCAGCGCCGGCGCAAACAGCGCCGCCUGAUGAAAGAGGAGGCGUUGGCGGCUGAAGCUGCAGCAGCCCUGAACCCCGGGGCGGGGGCCGUGCCGGGGCCGGACGGUGAAGUGGCCAAGCUGAACGGCAGCCUUCCCCACCCGCCCUCGGCCAAUUCGUACCGGGAUGAGGAGCCCAAGGUGGCCGGGAUGAGUAACGGGGACAUGGCCAUGGGUCCGCUGGUCAAGGCCGCAGCUGGUGGGCGAAGAGGCAGCUAUGACAAGUUGCAGUUCCCUCGCCACGACCUACAAACCCUAGUGGUCAUCGGCCACGGGGUGUACGGUGAGGUGUUCCUGGCCCGGGCGGCCGGCAUCACAGAAGGCGUGGAGGCCACCACCGUCAUGGUCAAGGCCCUGCAGACCAAGAGCGAGAGCCAGCAGCUGGACUUCCGUCGGGAGAUGGACAUGCUGUGUAAGCUUAGCCACGACAAUGUGGUCAAACUCCUUGGCAUGUGCCGGGAGGCUGAGCCCCAGCUCAUGAUCACCGAGUACUUGGAGUGGGGAGACCUGAAGCAGUACCUGCAAGCCACCCGGGGUGAGAAUGGUACCGCCAAUGUGCCACCACCCCUAACCCUAGCCCAGAAGCUGGAUGUGAUCAACCAGGUGGCCUUGGGCAUGGAGCACGUGGCCAGCCACCGCUUCAUCCACGGCGACCUGGCAGCCCGCAACUGCCUCCUCAGCCCGGCCAUGGAGGUCAAGGUCAGCCUGAUGGCGGUCAGCCGCGACUUGUACCGGGCCGAGUACCACGAGUAUCGGCAGAAGUUGGUGCCGGUGCGCUGGAUGCCACCUGAGGCCGUCUUCGAGGACGAGCUGUCCACCAAGAGCGACGUCUGGGCCUACGGGGUCUUUGUCUGGGAGGUGUUUGCCCAGGGCCACUUGCCCCACGAGAGCCUGGACAACGACGCCCUGAUGCGGGCGCUGCUGGAUGGCGGCCUGACACUGGAGACGCCGGUUGGCACGCCGGACGAGGUGGAGAUCCUGAUGCACCGCUGCUGGGCUGAGAGCGCCAAGGACCGCUACUCCUUCAGCGACAUCGCCCUGGCCUUGCAGAAUAUAUUACCCGACAGCAGUGUGUGAGGACACGGAGUGAAGGGACUCCCUAGCCCCACAACGGUCACAUCGUGCUGCACAAAAUACAGCCCAAUCUCAAAAUAGGUUAAGUGCACGGAGACCAGUUGUGUCAUUGAUAUGUGUUUCCCUCGAGAUUUGCAAUUGAGAGGGGCCUUGUUACAGACAAUUUAAAAAAAUACUUGUGUUUGUUUAUUGUUGCCCAAACUGCACGCACUAUGUAACAUGCUCUUCAAAGGUAUUGACCUUCGUAGAAGUCCCCAGUUACGCGGAUCAGAACACCUGCGAAAACCUCUGAGAAGCCGUCAUUUGCAUCGCAUUUACUUGUAGCAUGCUCCCCCCACACUUGUUCCCUGUCUAAACCCGCAGUGUGACAUUGUCAGAUUUGUCCGUCGGCACCCCUCGCUUGUGUCAAUGCGUGCGCACGCUGACCUGCUGAAUGUUUGUGCAGAAACAAAUGCUGUCACUUACUUUACUGUAAAGCUAAUGGUGCGGUUUUUGUACAGUUGUUUUUCGUGUAUGUUCAACCCAAACUGUUGUCUGUGAUGUGUAUUCGAUGAAACUGACUUCAACCGCGGAGUGUGCGGAAAUGUAGUUCGUUGUUUGAAGUAUAAAAGUCCCUUCUCUUGUGCAAGUACAUUUAUCCCUGUGUGCUACAAACACCCUGCAGUGUUUAGAGAGAACUUGACCAAAAGAUUUACUGUUACAAAAAAAAGUACUUUCAUUGAUGAUCUCUUAUUUGCUGCACAAGUGUACUGCUGUAUUACUGGUGGACAGUGGCCUUUUAACGUGCCAACUCUUUUGCAGUUUUUGUACACUUUUUGACUACUGAGAGACUGAAUUACGACAUCAGAUCAGGUUAAUUCAAGUAUUUAUUCAAAUUCAGGAGUCUCUUUUCCGAAUAAGUUACAAGUCUUCCUUGUUUAAAGCUUUGUUUAAGCUAAUCAAGCUGAUGGUUUGUUCUUUGUGUGUUGUUAGGGUUUCUUUAGUUUUUGUUUUUUUGGUUUUUUUGUUGUUGUUUUUGGUGUGACGUGAAAUUAUAAUUGCAUGUAAUAGAAUACAAGUAAUAAAAGGUUCUUUCAAAUGGAUCAUUUGUGUAGGGAGAAAUUCACCCCCAGGAGAGAUACAGUGGAAGGGAUUUUGUUAUUUCUUCUCCAGAGCCACAUUACCCCCCUUAGUGCGACUGGCUAAUAGCUUUGUGCAGUGCACAACAUUAGGAGAAGUGUCAUUCUUAUGUUGGAGAGUGUAGAUAGGUACCUUGGCUCCCAGUCUUUGCUGACGGAGUUUUUAAUUUUGUUUUACUCCGAGCCUAAGAAUGCAUUCCUUCUCCCUGAGUGAAAGCUAUCUGAGCUACUUUCCCAUGAGGCAUUAUCAUGCUUCUUCCGAGUUAGAAGUGUGACCGAUGUUCCACGUGAUAACUUCAACAGUACAAAGUGGGAAACUGCAAUUGAGUUAUAACCAGGUUGAUCCGAUGACUCAUUUGAUAUUAUGGUUAAUUGACUCAAGUAACGGUAUUUACUUUUCUUUUCUUUUCUUCAAUUUUUUUUUACUAACUUUUGUCAGGCCAGUUUGAUGUAACAUUGCGUGCCUGUUUUUUUCCCCUUAAUUAAUGAUGAGGUGCACAUGUACUCUGGUGCUUAUCUCCGGGCUUUUUUGACAUUGGGCUUAACGUCCAGCUGGGGUGCCAUCUCUGGCCCAGGAACCAUUUGCAGGCCUGCGGUGUGUGGCCAAAAUGAUCCAUCUUUGGCUUCAUAUUGUACAGUGUAAAGGUGGCUGUAGUAGAGCUUGGAUUUGUAUUGAGCUUAAAAUCCAGCUAACCCUGCAUCUUAAACCAAAGACUUGAGCAAGGCCCUUGGAUGAUGUAGCAUUUUGACUGAAACAACUCUACAGCUUGGUAUUGUGUAGAUACAUUGUUGUUUUGACAGAAUUGUAGGUUGUCCAUGCUUCCUUGCCUAUUGAGAAUUCUGUUUUUUGUUUUUUAAUUGUAUCCAGUUUUGUUUUUGUAAAGUUUUAUUGUAAUCUUAAUGUUUAAAUUGUUUAAAUCAUAUUUUGUAAUAAUAUUAAGCCUUGAAUUAUAGACCAUCAGUGAGCAACCCAUAGGAAAACGUGUUGAGUGUGAGAUUAGAAACACCUCGACUUGACCUUGUUUGUAUUGGUUGGACAGAAAUAAUGUUUAUCCUCUGCAGCAUCCUGAUAUUUACACAAAUUGUUUUGGAAAGUGUAGGGACAGAAAGAUGCAAAUACACGAGUUAAAAUGGAUUACUGCUACUUUGUUAAAAAAAA